AUGGCCAACCACAAGGGUUUGAUUAUUGAUGUGGAUCUGAGAAGUCAUGAAAACAACUUGGCUCACCACACCAGGGAGAUUGAUUUGGAGCGCCUGAUUGUCCGCAGGGGUCAACCUUUCACCAUAAGUUUGCAGUGCUCUGACUCUCUGUCACCUAAACACCACCUGGAACUGGUCCUGCACCUCGGUAAGAGAGACGAGGUGGUGAUCAGGGUCCAGAAGGAGCGUGGAGCUGGAGACAAGUGGUGGUUUAACCAGCAGGGAGCGCAGGAUGAAAUGCUGCUGACUCUGCACAGUCCAGCGAAUGCUGUCAUUGGCCAAUACCAACUGGCUGUGUUGAUGAUGUCACCAGAUGGACGCAUUGUAGAGAUGGCAGAUAAAAUGACAUUCCACCUCCUUUUUAACCCGUGGUGUAAAGAUGAUGUGGUGUACCUCCCUGAUGAGACCCUCCUCCAAGAGUAUGUAAUGAAUGAAGAUGGAGUAAUUUACAUGGGGACCUGGGAUUACAUCAAUAGUAUUCCCUGGAACUAUGGACAGUUUGAGGACCACGUGAUGGACAUCUGUUUUGAAGUCUUGGACAACUCAAAGGGUGCCCUGAAAAACUCGGAGCUGGACACUGAGAACAGAUCUGAUCCUGUCUAUGUCAGCAGGAUGAUCACUGCGAUGGUGAACUCUAACGGUGACAGGGGUGUGUUGACCGGUCGCUGGGACGAGCCGUACUCUGGCGGAGUUGCACCGUAUCGGUGGACCGGCAGCGUGCCCAUCCUCCGGCAGUGGAGCAACACCAGGAUGAGGCCAGUUAAAUAUGGCCAGUGCUGGGUGUUUGCUGGUGUCGCCUGCACAGUGCUGCGCUGUCUGGGAAUCCCAACACGCCUCAUCACCAACUUCUCUUCAGCGCAUGACGUUGAUGGAAACCUCUCUGUAGACUUCCUGCUGAAUGAAAGACUGGAGAGCUUUGACAGGAGAGACAGAAAAGACAGCAGCUGGAACUUCCACUGUUGGGUUGAGUCGUGGAUGAGGAGAGAUGAUCUGCUCAAAGGAAAUGACGGCUGGCAGGUUUUGGACCCCACCCCUCAAGAACUGAGUGAUGGUGAGUUUUGCUGUGGUCCGUGUCCAGUGACAGCCAUCAAGGAGGGAAAUCUGGCAGUAAAGUACGAUGCUCCAUUUGUAUUCGCCGAGGUGAACGCUGACAUCGUCUACUGGAUCAUCCAACAAGAUGGACAAAGGCAGAAGAUCAGAGAGGACCAGGGGAGUGUGGGCAGGAACAUCAGCACCAAAAGUGUUUACGGUGACUACAGAGAAGAUGUCACUCUACACUACAAAUAUCCUGAAGGCUCCAAGAAGGAGAGGGAAGUGUACGAGAAGGCGGGACGCCGGGUCACAGAGCCGACCAGUGGGAGGCCAGAACCAGGACAACUGCAGCUGUCAAUCAAGCAUGCAAAGCCUGUGUUUGGGACAGACUUUGAUGUGAUUGUGGAGGUGAAGAAUGAAGGAGGCACAGACGUUCAUGCUCAGCUGACAAUGCUGGCCAUGGCUGUAACUUACAAUUCUCUCCACCGGGGGGAGUGCCAGAGACAAACAAUCAGUGUGACUGUUCCAGCUCACAAAGCCCACAAGGAAGCUCUGCGUCUGCACUAUGACGACUAUGUCAGGUGUGUUUCUGAGCAUCACCUGAUCCGGGUGAAAGCGCUCGUAGAGGCUCCGGGCGAGAACGAACCCAUCAUGACAAUGGCCAACAUCCCACUGAGCACGCCUGAACUCCUCGUACAGGUGCCGGGGAAAGCUGUUGUAUGGGAACAAGUGACUGCCUAUAUCUCCUUCACCAAUCCUCUUCCAGUUCCUCUGAAGGGUGGUGUUUUCACUGUGGAGGGGGGCGGCCUAUUGUCGGCCACUGAGAUCCACGUUGACGGCAAUAUAGCUCCAGGCCAGAACGUGGCCGUCAAGCUCUCAUUCUCACCCAUGCGGACCGGGGUGAGGAAGCUCUUGGUGGACUUUGACUCUGACAGACUGAAGGAUGUGAAGGGAGUAGCCACUGUGGUUGUCCGCAAGAAAUAA